CUGCAAACUUUCCUUAUCUUCCGGUUCUUGGGACUCCUGUAGCGCGCAUAGUCAACAGCUCAGCAGACGGGAGGACAGAAGAAGAAAAGGAGGAGGAGGUGGAGGACGUGCGGUUAUGGUCGAAGGAGAAGAAGAAGAAGAAGAAGCAGUAGAAGAGGACUCUCGAUGUGACAGCGACGGGGCCAAGCCAGUUUACCCGCACUUAGUGUUUUUUGUUGAAGACACAAUGCCAGAAGCGACAGACAUGAUCAACCUGGGAUUCCUGUCCGACGCUGAGCGGGAGCUGAUCCUGGAGGUUCUGCGUCGGGACGAGCAGCUGAGAGUAGCUGAGGAGCAGCGAGUGCGGAAGCUUAAGACUGAGUUGCUGGAUGUCAAGAGAAAAGGAGCCAAACGUGGCAGUAGAAAAUACAGCCAGCGUAUUUGUGGCCGAUGCCUUGAGCCUCUGGGUCGAAUGAUAGUUUUUUCUGCGCAGUGUAAGAUGUGCAAUCACGAAGUGUGCCGCAACUGCCGUUCAGUUCUGCCCAAUGGAUCCUGGUUGUGCAACGUGUGUGCCAAGGAAUCGGAUCUGAAGAAAAGGACAGGUGACUGGUUCUACGAUCAAAGGGUCAACCGUUUCUCUGCAGCGCCUGGACAUGACCUAGUGAGGGUCUCCCUGAAAAAGAAGCCGUUGUCAAAGAAACGGGAGACAACAGGAGAAAAGCUCCUGAAAACUACUGAAGUGAAUGCUCCUAAUCCUGUGCCUCUGCCCCGGCAGAAAAACAACAAAGGCCAUUCAAACGAUAAUUCAGGCUCAAUUGCUUCAAGGGAAUCUCGUGAAUCAAAGGACGAGGUCUGGACGAAGCCAUCUCGUAGUGACACAGAGUCUGCAGAAAAUGCCAGCAUAUCUAGUAGCAAAACUGAGACAGAGUCCGGCCGUGUCACUCCUGAGCAACCCAGUGAUGAGAAACCAGCUAGGUCCAGCCCGGCAGGAUCCAGUGUUUCCAGUGUGACCGUCCCAGUUAAAGCAGAAGUUGUCAACAAAGAAGUUAACAAUGACCCGGAAGUGAAACAUGUCAGUCCGAGUCCAGAGCUGGAAGUUGACAGUCUCUUCAAGAAGAGCGUCAAGCGUACAAUAAGACCUACAGAGUAUGCAUCAACAUUGGACCUACGUGACGGACGUGACACAUCAGAGGCCUCAAUGGGCAACAGGAGCUAUUCUGUGCCAGGCUUAGAUGCACAAGAAGAUGAAGAGGAGGACGAAGAUAUCGACAGACUGGUUAGCUUUCAUAAAAGGACGAUAGCUUCGAGUACCUGCAGCCUUCAAAGCUCAAAGAGCACACUGGGGAGCAUGAUGAGUAUUUACAGUGAAGCAGGAGACUUUGACACUGUGGAGGUGAAAGGAGAUCUCGUCUUCUCUAUGAGCUAUGACGAACCCACCCAGAGCCUCCAUGUCUUCAUCAAGGAGUGUCACGAGCUGGCCUAUGGCAACGCCUCGCGGAAGCUUUCCAACCCUUAUGUCAAAUGUUAUCUACUCCCUGACAAAUCUCGCCAAAGCAAAAGGAAGACCAGCAUCAAGAGAAACACCAUCAACCCCAUCUAUAAAGAAACAUUAAAGUACUCCAUCAGCCGUUCUCAGCUGUUCACCCGCUCCAUGUUGAUGUCAGUCUGGCAUUAUGAUCGUCUUGGUCGCAAUGCCUUCCUUGGAGAGGUGGAGAUCCCUCUGGACUGCAGAGAUCUUGACUCUGACUACGAGGACUGUGUGGCUCUCAAGGCGAAGGCAGCCUCUGUUGUGUCGACGUCAGCUUUUGCUCAGUACAAGGGAGAGCUGGUGAUUUCACUGAAGUAUGUCACACCCAAAACGCCAACAGCUGUGAAAACCAAAGGCAAAAAAGCAGUUUCUGAGGGAGGAGAGCUGCAUGUCCUGAUUAAGGAGUCAAAGAAUCUGAUGGCAAUGAAACCAGGAGGCACAUCAGAUAGCUUUGUGAAAGGGUACUUGUUUCCAACUAAGGCAAAAACCUCCAAGAGGAAGACUCCAGUUGUGAAGAAGAACCUGAAUCCCCACUAUGAUCACACGUUUGUGUACAAGGACCUGACUUUGGAGCAGCUGAAGGGGAUGUGCCUGGAGCUGACUGUGUGGGACAAAGAAGCCAUGUUGAGCAAUGAGUUCCUGGGAGGAGUCCGCCUCAGCCAUGGAAAAGGCACUGUGAAAACAGGAAAAGAGGAAGUGGAACUGGACUCAGUCGGAGAGGAGGUCAGUCUGUGGCAGAAAAUGAUGCAGUACCCCGACUCGUGGGCAGAGGGCACUCUUCUACUGCGCUCGACCAUGGGGAAGGCAAAGGGCAAAUGAGGACAACACAGGCCCGGACUUUCAAAAAUAAUCCAUACUGAAAUGAGAGAAGCUGAGCCCUCUGUUUUGUUUGUCAGACCAGAAGCUUGUCUACUGAAGUGAGUAGUCACACGGGUCGUUGGCCUCCUGAAUGCUACACAUCUGCUCACACCUGCCUCCCUUUAUGGGGUUCAUUUUUAGUAACCCCUCCCCCCCGACUACAGACUGGUUACUGUUCAAAACGUGCCAAAGCUUCACAACACUAAAUUUAUUUUAAGAGCAUUACACAGUCACUUUAUGUUUUUCAAAAUUCAGGUUGUGUAUAUAUUACAAAUCCAAAAACACACACAGCACUUAGUACAGAAACAGCGUCUUAAAGUUUCACCCAUUUCAUUGUAAUUGUGUACGAACUUACAUCGAUACGCGAUAAAAUGAAAUGCAUCCACACAGCUAAGCUUAGUAUAAUCCGAGACAUUGUAUUUCACAUUAAUAACAUCAUAUAAAAAUAAUAUUUAUAUAAAUUGCAAUAAAAACCUUUAUUUUAAAUAAUGAGUCUAUUUUUAAUGUAUUUUAACUUGUGAUCAGCAUUUAAAUGGUUACAUAUUGUGUUCACCAAAUAAAAACGAACUUAACCCUGA